AUAAAUAUUCCAGUAAAGCAUCAAAGAAGCAAGAGUGAUAUAUAUAUAUGUAAGUUUGGUUGCCUAUUGGUGAAGAAAUAUGUUUUCAGACAUGAAAAACGUUAUGUUCCUCCAAAUAUUGGGUCUUUUCUUCUUGUCUAAUUUCCUUUAUUGCGAAGGCUUGGCUCGUCAGACUUUUGUGAUAAAAGAAGCUCCAUACACAAGGCUUUGCAGCACAAAAAACAUCUUGACUGUAAAUGGAAAAUUUCCUGGCCCAACUCUCCAUGUCAACAAAGGAGAUACCAUCAUUGUUGAUGUCUAUAACAAGGCCAACCAAAACAUCACCAUUCACUGGCAUGGAGUGAGGCAACCCAGGUAUCCAUGGACCGAUGGUCCUGAAUAUAUCACGCAAUGUCCUGUUCGAUCAGGUUCAAAGUUUAGCCAGAAGAUCAUAUUUUCCAAAGAAGAAGGAACCCUUUGGUGGCACGCUCACAGUGAUUGGUCACGUGCUACUGUUUAUGGCGCUAUUGUAAUUUCUCCCAAGAUUAAAGGAACCAAUUACCCCUUCCCAAAGCCUCAUGGAGAUGUCCCCAUCAUAUUAGGAGAAUGGUGGAAAAGUGACAUAGUGAAGGUUUAUGAAGAAUUUAAUCAAUCAGGAGCAGACCCUAAUAUUUCUGAUGCUUAUACCAUCAAUGGUCAACCUGGUGAUCUUUAUCCAUGCUCAAAAUCAGAUACAUUUAAGCUAAUGGUGGAUUAUGGCAAGACCUACCUUCUCCGCCUAAUCAACGCCGCCCUUCAAGACAUGCUCUUCUUCGCCGUGGCAAAUCAUCAACUCACCGUUGUUGGCACUGAUGGUAGCUACGUCAAACCUUUCAAAGUCGACUACAUCGCCAUCUCACCGGGACAAACGUUGAACGUUUUAUUAGAAGCUAAUCAACCAUUAAACCAUUACUACAUGGCCUCCAAAGUAUACUCAAGUGCUAAUAAUGUAACUUAUGAUAACACCACCGCCACAGCAAUCAUACAAUACAAUGGCAAUUACACACCCUCUUCAACUCCCUACUUACCUUAUCUUCCUUCCCAUAAUGACACAAUUGCAUCGGUCAAUUUCACCGGAAAACUAAGGAGUUUAGCCGAUGAUGAUCACCCGAUUUCGGUCCCGUUAAAUGUAACCAAAAGAAUGUUCUUCACACUUUCAGUAAACAGAUUUUCAUGCCCUAAUGACUCAUGUGGAGGGCCUGAUGGAGGCAGGCUUGCUGCUAGUGUUAACAACAUUAGCUUUGUGUUGCCUCACAUUGACUUAUUACAAGCUUACUAUCACCAAAUCAAUGGUGUGUAUGGUGUUAAGUUCCCGAAUGAACCGCCUUUGUUCUUCGAUUUUACGGCCGACGACAUUCCAUCAAUAUAUGAAACGCCAAGGAGAGGAACAGAAGUGAAGGUGUUGGAGUAUAAUUCAACAGUGGAGAUUGUGUUUCAAGGGACAAACUUGGGUGCAGGAACAGAUCACCCUAUGCAUAUACAUGGAUACAGCUUUUAUGUGGUUGGAUGGGGAUUUGGGAAUUUUGACAAAGAAAAGGACCCUUUAGGGUAUAAUCUUGUUGAUCCUCCACUACAAAACACAAUUGCUGUACCUAAGAAUGGCUGGGCCACUAUAAGAUUCAGAACAGAUAACCCUGGAGUGUGGUUCAUGCAUUGCCAUUUAGAGCGUCACCUUUCAUGGGGCAUGGAUAUGGCAUUCAUUGUGAAGAAUGGCAAGGGCUCUAACGCAAAAUUGCUUCCACCACCACCUGAUAUGCCGCCAUGUAAUUGAAGUAGCUGCCUAAAGAUUUGUUGAAGAAAAAUUGUGCUCUUUAUACCAAUUAACAACUAGAGUAUGCCCCAAUUUGUAAUUUACAUCGUCUUUGAAAGCUUGUAUUUGUGUUGAUUAAUAAAAGUGGUUCAUUUUAAAGCCUA